GGUAUUCAGGGAUUGACUGGAAGGAAAGUGAAACCUGGCUGGUAUUGUGUGGAAUGAUUGAGGAAGAUUGGGAACAAUUUACCUGGUGUUUAUAUAGGUGUUCAAUUGACCACGGAAAAAUUGAUCCAGCGCAGAAAACCACAGGAUUAGGGAUAUAACUACGAGAGGUUAGAGGUUAAAGGUCAUCUGCUGUUGAACGGGGCAUGUGUUAGCGAAGAUCAAACAACUUUAAAAUAGACUUUCAUCAGAGUGCACCUGACAGCUCUCUAUAUUAGUGUGGAUGAUUUGAAGAAAACCAGGCAACAUUACAAUAAAACUUUAUAAGAUUACAAAAACAUCCCUCUCAUAUAUAUAUAUAGAAUUUGAUCCCCGACAAAUAAAUCACCAGGCAUUGGAGAAAAAACAGUGGAAAAAGUAUACGAAAACAAAUUGCGUGACCGUGGUUGGAUUUCUUGUGGAUCUGGCACCCUGGGAGAGGUGAAAACGGCCGGCUUCAGGCUGACAGUGUGGGACUCUGCCAAAACUAGGGUGUGUUUCAAGGUGAAGAAAAAAAUUGUAUUUGCCAUCCAUAGUUUGCCGAUGACAUAAUGGCCCUGCUUGGGAGGGAUAAUAGUGAGGACCUUAAUUAUCCGGAGGAGGCUCAACCUCUGACUAGCCCAGGCGCUUUAGAGGAUGAGCUGAAUAUCUCUCAUGAUGAUUCUGUUGUCAUCGUACAAGAUCCUAGUUCUUCUCACGUCGUUGAUAUCCAUGGAGACCAACUGCGCGCUAAGGAGCGCCAACGAAAAGAAGAUUUUAACGACGAUGUAGAAAAAAUGUUUGAACUUCCCAAGAAGUUUGACAUUUCUUCUCUGAUAUCGGGAUCACCGGCAGUCGUCUCUGAGCAGCAAACCCCUGAACAUGUCGCCACUACACACGGGGAGACAAGGCUGUAUCGUGAAGAGGACUAUACAAGUGGUCUGUCAGUAGAAAUGUCGUCCAUGGGUCAUCGCCGUGACUCCUUCCCCCACAUCCAUCACCCUCUCAAGGCACUACGCAGCAGCCGUUCCAGUAAGAGUAUCAGGGAUGAUAAACCAAAGAAGAAGAAGAAGAAAAAGAAGAAGAGGAAGAUGCAUACUGUUAAGAGUUUCCCAUCACGAUCCGCCACUCUGUCCCCGCCGAUCCCUGAAGUGGAGGUCGAGGAAUAUGAUAUUUCCCCGCCAGGAUCUUCAUCUUCAUCUUUAUCAAGCGAUGACUUUGACGACUACAGGGGAGAGGAUGAAAUUGACACACAUCUGCUUGUCCCUCCGGAUCACCAGAUCAAUCUUAAGGAGCAGAUUUCGUCUCCAUCCUCUAACGAAGACUACAAGGUCGGUUUUUAUAUCGGUGAGAGGUCAACUUCCCCCAUUCACGAGUUAGACAAAGGGAAGAAAGACAAGAAAGAAGAGGCGAAAGCUUCCUCUCCAGAUAAAAUAUUUUAUGUCGGAGAUUAUGCUGAUGAACCCCUGCUGUCCCCAUCAGCAAAUCACGACCGACGCCAAAGUGACUUUGGAAUUAGCUAUGAAGAGCCGAAGAUGAGCGUCAAGUUUUCUAUAGGUGCUGAGGACAGUACCCCAACACUGAAGAGUGCUUCCUCCUCUGUUAGUCAGGUUGAUGCAUCUAACAAUUCACUUCAUCCUUCAAGUCGAUCUGAGCCAAGAAUCCAUAAACAUCGUCACAAACAUCACCACGAUCCCUUCAAACAGGAAGAUCUGCUCCUACGCCGACAGAUUGGGAGCGAAGUUAAGAUGGAGGACUAUAUCAGACAUGUCCCCACGGAAACCGAGGAAGCCAUUUUACUACAGAAAGCUGAUUUGGAUGACAUGUCCAGCCAUCGCUUUGAGAAUGUGCGUGGAAUACGACGUCACAAAAUAGCCAAGCACAAUGCUGUAGCCUCCAUAGUCCACAUAGGGAAAUCUGACAGGGGCAAAAAGAAACCAAUCCUGAAGAAAAAGAAAAUUGACCACAGUCCUCACGAGGUGUUUGUCGAGCUUGACGAGUUAUACCUAGGAGAUCACAAUGACUUUGAAUGGCGAGAGAAGGCUAGGUGGAUCAAGUUUGAGGAGGAUGUUGAAGAAGGAGCGGAGAGAUGGGGCAAACCCCACGUCGCCUCGCUGUCAUUUCACAGUCUUCUGGAGCUCCGACGAGGGCUAGAGAAUGGGUGUCUGCUGCUUGACCUUGAUGCCUCUGACUUACCAACAAUUGUGAAUAGUGUCAUUGACUCCAUGAUUGUACACGACCAGCUACGACCAGAGAACAAGGGGAACGUACUCCGCACGCUUCUUCUCAAACAUAGACAUGUUGGAGAGGGAGUGAAAACACUAAUACGUCGGAAUAUCUCAUAUAUGAAUCUUAGAGCAAUGGGAUCGGACAAUAAAAACAGACAUCAAGGUAACAAGUUGUCUUUGAUGAAGUCAUUUUCCUCUGCGAGUUUCGGGAAAUCAGCAUCAUCCGCUUCUAUUCCAAUGUUGGAGCGCAGAGAAAACAAGGCGGACAAAGUGAACGGAAAAGGCAGUAAGAUAGAGGCCAAGGACCUACAGUUUGUAAAAGUUGAUGUCGACAAUAAUAUGCAGACAGAUGGUGUUCACAUCGGAAUCACCACACCAGAAACAAACCAGCGAAACAUUCGCGACAUCACCCGUCGUAUCCCGAAGGGUGCCGAGGCGAUAACGGUACUUGUUGGUUCUGUUGACUAUCUGGACACGCCUACAAUGGCAUUCGUACGAUUAGCUGAAGGUCAAAUACUGGAGAAUCUGACGGAGGUUCCACUUCCUGUUCGCUUCUUGUUUAUACUGCUUGGGCCGGAGAAAACAUCCAUGGAUUACCAUGAAGUGGGCCGAUCCAUAUCAACCUUGAUGUCCAACCAGGACUUCCACGAUGUGGUGUACAGAGCGGAGUCCCGCGGAGAAAUCCUACAUGCCAUCAAUCAGUUUCUGGACGAGUCCAUUGUGCUGCCCCCUGGUGACUGGGAUCAGAAGACACUUCUUCCUAUCGCUGAAAUGAACAAAAGGAGGGCGAGACUGAGAAAGCGGAAAAAACAAAAAGAAGAUGAGAAAAAAGCAUUAAUAAAGAAAAUUGAGGAGGAGAAGAUCCCGUCGGAUCCCCUGAAAAGGACAGGGUGUAUAUUUGGAGGUUUGAUCAAUGAUAUGAGGCGUAGAUAUCCACACUACGUCAGUGACUUCACCGACGCUCUCAACGGCCAGUGUGUGGCAGCCUUCGUGUUCAUCUUCUUUGCUUGCUUUGCUCCCUGCAUCGCCUUUGGAGGUCUUCUGGAGGAGAAGACGGGUGGUUAUAUGGGAGUGACGGAGACGGUCAUCAGUACUUCCUUGAGUGGUAUCGUGUUUGGAUUGUUUGCCGGUCAGCCCCUGAUGAUAGUAGGAGCUACAGGUCCGGUUCUAGUCUUCGAGCAAUCCUUAUAUAAGUUCUGUAAAAGUAAUUCCAUUGAGUUCCUCACGAUGCGAGUGUGGAUUGCAUUCUGGGUAAUGAUGAUCUCAGCCAUUGUUGUAGCAGCAGAAAGCAGUUUCCUCGUUCGAUACAUUACCAGAUUUACUGAGGAAAUCUUCGCCAUUCUCAUCUCUCUCAUCUUUAUCUUUGAAGUCAUUAAAAAACUUGAUAAGACAUUUCAUUAUCAUCCGUUGGUGCCAUUGGAGGAGUAUUGUAAAGAUUUUGGAUGUAAAUCAGACAACGAGUCCGUUUUAUACAAUUCCUCCCUAUAUUUGUACACCAACACUUCCAAUACCAACUUUUCGUCAGAUCUCGUGUACAGUCACCCUAACAACACUGGUCACUAUGACGACGAGGACGACCAUGACUAUAAACAAAAAGUUCCUCGACAGCCAAACACUGCUCUGCUCUCCAGUAUCCUGACGAUCGGCACUUUUUUGGUGGCCCACUUCCUCAAGAUCUUCAGGAACAGUAAAUUUUUAGGCAGAAGUGCCAGAAGAGCUCUGGGUGACUUUGGGAUCGUUAUAUCUAUUAUUUUGAUGGUGCUACUCGACUACUCCAUGCCUGAUAUAUACACACAGAAAUUAUCCAUUUCUGAUAAUUUUGAGCCGACAUCACCAAGUAAGCGUGGCUGGUUUGUACACCCGCUAGGGACAAAGAAACCAAUCCAGGUCUACAUUAUUUUCGCUUCAUUUAUCCCAGCCUUCCUGAUAUUUAUUCUCCUGUUUCUGGAGACCCAGAUCACUGAAAUGAUUCUGAACAAGAAAGAGUUUAAGAUGCGGAAGGGUUCUGGGUUUCACCUGGACCAGGUAUUGAUGGGGAUGAUGACGUUCGUUUGUGCUCUGUUUGGCCUACCCUGGAUGUGUGCGGCCACCGUGCGUACAAUUGCUCAUACAUCUGCACUGAGUGUGAUGAGCCGUACACAUGCUCCCGGUGAAAAACCAAAGCUUGUAGAAGUAAAGGAACAGCGAGUUACCAAUAUACUCAUGAACGCUAUGAUAGGCGUUUCCUUAACUUGGGGUCCCCUCCUACAGCGAUUCCCUAUAGCUGUACUGUUUGGAGUUUUCCUCUACCUGGGGGUGUCCUCCCUGAGUGGUGUACAGAUGUUCAAACGAAUGAAACUGCUUCUUGUUCCUAACAAGUACCACCCGUCGACCAGCUACGUCCGACGGGUAAAGACAAUGAAAAUGCACCUGUUUACGGUUGUCCAGGUGGUUCUAUUAAUCCUCCUUCUCAUCGUUAAGAUGUCGGUGGCUGCUCUGGCUUUCCCUCUGUUUGUCAUUCUCCUGAUUCCGCUCCGACUCAAAUUCCUCGGAUAUGUUUUCACCCCAAGUGAAUUGGAAGUGCUUGACAAAGAAGAAGAGGACAGUGAUUUUGAGGAUGAAGAUGAUCCAGAUUUUUACCAGCAGGCUCACAUGCCGGUGUAGACACUGAUGUCAAAUCAAACGAUGUCUCCAAGCUGAUGUCGGCCCUCAUUGUAGGAAGUAUCACCAAUGUCGAAACUAUAACACUGCUGUCAAACAUUCUCUGAAAUUCAUUCAAAUAUCAAAUAUUCCAAGAUUCCUGUGGAACAGCUGGUCGUUUUGAUCUUUAUCUAUGAUGCUAGAUAGUAGUGGGAAUUCAUCUUUUUUAAUUAAUGAUUUUCACUACUAUUAGUUAUAAAAAUCAUUUGAGAAGUUGUCAAGUUUCAUCAAAAUAUACCUAGGAUUCUCAUCAUCAGAGUCACCAUCGAUUUUUACUUCUGAGCAUUUUAACUUGUCAAAUUUUCCUCAUUGUAAUGUUAAACUCAUCACACAAACAUUGAAUUCCAUCAAAAUGAUCUCAUCGACAAAUAUCAGCAAUUAGAUCAUGAAAUAUCAAAAAUUUAAAGAAUUUUUUAUAUGUGUACAUCGGUCAGUAUUAGGCUUAAAAGAAUUUAAAAUUGUUGCCGCCCGCGGUAAUUGUAUUUUUGUUACAUUUUGAUACUUGUUAUGCAUCUUUUCCAUCAGAAAAUUUAACAGCUUGAAUUCAAUUGCUGAAAUCUAACUUUUUUUCCCUUUUUUUUUUCUUUAUAAUUAUGUUUUGAAGUCCAGCUUUUGCAAAUAAAUUCUGGGUUCACAGAGGAGCAUUAUUAUGCAAAGUUGUUAAUAUAAGUUAAUUAUAUGGAAUGAAAUUCUUAUAUAAUUUAAUGAUGUUAUGAUUAUUUUGUAAAUAUGUUUUGAUCACCAAGUCAAUAAUAGCCUAGCUUGUUAUAGUAGAUCUCUAUGAGAACUCUAAUUUAUCUUAUACAAAAAGAUACAUAUGAAAGACUUAGUCAUGGAUCUAUACAAUAUUAGGGUUGUAUAUUACAUGCUACAGUAGCAGGUGCCUGUUUUGUUUAUGUGGAUGGAAAAGCUUGAGGAAUGGAUUCCAGAUUUAAAACCUGUUACCAAUUUUAUAUAUUUACAAUCUCUUUCUUUAAACUGUAAGUUAAAGACAAUAGAAGUUCAGAUGAUUAAGAUUUUAAAUGUUGCUGACAGCACAAUUUUUGAAUCCGAUGACUAUAUGGGAGAUCAGCUCUAAAGUGCGUAUAUUAUGUAACAGAACUGCUAGUUGACAGUUUAGAGUGCUGAUUUGCUAUGAUAGUUAUUUUCUUUUAUGAAAAACCUAUCUGAAAAUGAAGCUGGAAGUUAAUUGUUUCUUUAUUAACAUCAACUGAUGAUUAAUUAGGUCCUCAGCUCUAAAUUAUCAGGGGAGAUAAUUAAAUGUUACCUACUGAUGACCAGCUCUCUAGUGACAUUGUACACUGUAAUCAGGUUGUAUCAGAUUAUACAGAGUUAUUAACAAGCUUCUGAGGACGUAGAAUUCUGUAAUUCAAUAUUUAUUUCCUGUAUAAUAGAAAUAGAUUUGUAUUUCUCACAAAGAUCCAUACAGCUCAUAGCUGGUCAUUUUUCCAAACACAAAACCAGUAUCUAAAGAUUUCCGAGCCCACUCCUCUAGCUGAAGGGAGUAUCCAUCAAAAUCAAUAACCAGCAUUUAUAUAUAUAGGUCUCCGUGUCCACUUGCGUAAUUGUUAAGGGGAUAUCUAUCCAAAUCUGAAACCAUUAUUUAUAUGAAGAUCUUGGCGUCCACUGGCACAAUAAGUGGGUGUGUCUGUCCAAAUCUGAAACCAGCAUUUAUAUAAAGGUCUUGGCAUCCACUCGCACAAUAAGUGGGUGUGUCUGUCCAAAUCUGAAACCAGCAUUUAUAUAAAGAUCUUGGCGUCCACUCGCACAACAAGUGGGCAUGUCUGUCCAUAUGUAAACAGCAUUUAUCACUGGGUAUAUUAUCUGAAUCAUUAAAUCUGGAAUCACCAUUUAGAUCCAUCCACAUAAACUAGACUCACUGUAUUGUGUAGUAAAUUCUAAUCACACUGUAAAUACACAAUUUUAUAAAAUGUUCACGAUUCAACUUGUUAUUUGUUUUAUAUAGUUAUAUAGGUUUACACUGAGAAAUGGCAUAACAUUGUGUAUUCCUGGUCUUUUGUGAAAAUUUUUAUUUCUACUUCAUUCAUAGUAUUGUGUGAGUUUAAUUACAUGAAUCAUAUCUUCUAUGUUCAAUUGAUCAUAUAUCAAGUUUGUAGAUUACAAAUUACAAACUAAUUACUUUCCCAAUUUCCAAUUUUAUGAUUUAAUUGAGACUUCCAGUGAAUUCUUGUUGUCUUAAUUUCCCUCCGGAAUUUAUUUCCUCGUCACUUAAAUCUUUAAAUUAUUGUGCAGAACAGAUUUAAAUCUCGCAGCCGACCAAUAUUGGUCAACAUAUCAUUCUGUUCUAGACAUUUCAAGAUUUUCUCAUUUGGAAAGUCUUUAAGAAUUUCAUGAGUAAGAUGUCUCAUAAUCAGUGAGGAAUUAUUUUUCAAUUAAUAUUCUGCUGAAAACUGCUUGACAAAGAGACAUGAGAUAGAAAAUCAGGAAAUUACCCAGUGAGAAUGAGCUCAUACUACAUUUCUUUUCUUUAUUUUUUAUUUUUUUUUUUUGAGGUUUUUGUUUUUAUUUUGGUUUUUUUUUCAGUCCAUGUUAAAAAAAAAAAAAGAGCAACACAAAAAAAUGCUCCCUUUACAAAAUUGACUUAAUUUCCACUUUAGAGAUCAGAUAUCAACAGCAGCUCCUAGCCUCCUGAUUUGUUCUGUACAUUGGGUUUUGUAUCUGCAUUGUCCCGUUAUAUUUUAUUAUAAUUAUCAUCGAGUGAUUUCUAGUAGAGCAGUUAAAAUGCACAUUUCAAAUUUUUGAAAUCCUUCAAAAAAUUUCUUGUGUUUAUACUUGAACCAUUUGUUGUCUCCAUCAUUACGAAGGCCAUAUUGUUUAUAUGAAGAAUUUUUUAUCAAUUUUGUACAAAGUGUUAUAACAAUAAAGUGUGACUUUUAUGUAUUUUGAGGUAAAAAAGCAUUAUCUAAUUUCAUUAUUGUUUAUCAAUGUCACAAAAAACAUGAACAUGUAUAUAGCCAUUUCAUCAAAACAUGAACAUGUAUAAAUGAAGAGGUAGAAGGGACCAAAUAUUGUAGACGUCUGUUUGAUACAAUUAAGGCCUGGAAAAGAGACUUUUUUGUUAGAUUCCUUAAUGUAGAGUGUAAAGUAAACAGCUUUUGCUAGUUCAUUGUGUAUUAGAAUACCAGAGUCGGUAUGAACAAAAGUCUAGCUGGACUCAUUUAUUAUAGUAUAUUCCUAAAUCUUCACCAUUUUGUUUCAUGCCUUUAAAUAUUUCUUUUAUUUCACAAAUGCCAGCCCUUCAUUUUCAUUUUUGUCAGACUUAACAAAACAUUCUUCUUAAUUGAUUCAGUGUUUAUGAAUUAAACCACAUCAAUCUUAAAUAAAAUCUGUCUCUUAAAGACUUAAAAGCAUGAAGCGUACUGGGAAAUGCUGAAAAAAAUGUUAUUCCAUAACUGAUCUCAACCAGUUCAUCGCUGUAUAGCCAUGUAGCUUAUGUAUAUUUGUGUGCAAUUUUAAUACAACUAAAUAUGUAUAAUAUAUAUAUAAAGGGGAAAUAACUCUCUACAUUGUUUUUAUCAUUUUAUCCUCUCCACUCUCCACAUUUUGCCAGUAAUAUUCACAUAUUGUGUGUUGAACUCAUUCAACCAAAUCAACACAAAGUUUAUGUCGGAAACAAAAUGUUCCCUGAAUGUAUUAUAGGGUAAGUUAAUUCUGUCUAGUAACAGUUGUCCACAGAGGAUUAUAUAUAGGUCUCUCGCUUCUCAUUGAUGUUCAAUAACCCUAGCUGAGAGUUAAUCAACUCUUAAUGCAACAAAAACACAAUUUUAAAACUUUCAAAUUAAGAAAAUAUCACAAAAUAGAAAUAUAAACAAAUUUUGGAUAUGAAAAGUCUUGGCGAUAAAAUCUGUAAGUAAAAUGGCCUGCUGUAGCAAAGUCUAUUAAGGAAAUUUCUUAAAUAGCCACAAACUUAAAUGUUACAGCUACAACCCUAUAAGUAAUAAGUAGUAUGUGACAGAAAUUGGGACAUUAUAAUUGAUUGGGUUUUAACACAAGACACUGUACAUAUUACCAUAAUUAUUCAGCAAUAAGCCUGCCUGGUAAUAAGCUCAACCAUGCCUUUUGCAGUUAACUUGCUUCAAUAAAUCUAAUCCCUAUGUUAAGUCAAUUAAGUUGAUGUUUUGGUCGUCUUGGCUUAUUACAGGAAAAUAACGCUAAAUUGUGGCUAGCUUCUGUAGGAUUUCUAAAAUGUUUGUUUUAAAACAAGAAUGGUGCUCAUAUAUGUAUAUAAUGUAUGUAAAUGUAAGUGUGUCAGCUGUUCUAUUUAUAGAAUAUUUGACAGGGUACACAUGGAGGUAUAUGUUCUUUCAUUUUACGUUUUGUUAUAACUAACAUGACCUUGUCCUUGUCUUACUAACUGUUAAGUUAUAUGAUUUAUAUAUUAAAAAGAGGAUUUUUUUUCUAUAUAUUUUUAUCUCGUCGUCACUUAUAAUUUCAGUAAAUGUGUAUCAUAAUAUUAUUGGGGAGGUAGUGUACUAAUUUAAGUACAGGUAUGAAUAUUUUUUUACAUACCUGAGAUUUUACAUUGGGGAGGUAAUGUAUUCAUACAACUUUGCAUUUGUUCACACAUUCAAUAUUUUACCAAUCAGUACAAUAGAAUUUUAACAAAUUUUUCUUGUUUCUUUUGUACUGCUUUUUCAAAUCAAAGUUAUUCCACAGUUUACAGGAAUAUAUGAACCAAUACACAGAAUACAAACUGUAAAUAAUUUAAUGUUUUCACAAAAUAAGUGAUAAGACAUACCAUAUUUGUCAGACAAUAAGCUCAGGUCUGGUAAUAAGCCCUCCCAUAUCAAUAACACUUCUCUAGCUAUGUCAACAAAUGUUUCAUUUUCCUUCAAUGAGCCCAUCCCUUCUUAUAGAGUUUAUGAGUUGGCCAAGGUAUAUAUACCUCACUUAUACGUCCCACUGUCCUGGGACAAGGAUUUACAAAAAUGUGGACCUACACGGGCUGACCCUUGGGCCCUCAGGAAUGAUAAACAUUAAAUGUACAUAUGUUGGUGACCCUGGGGAUCACUUAUAUGCGAGAUGACUGGCAAAGUCUAUAAAUAGACCUUUGUAGGUGGGGUGACCCUUGGGGUCGUAUAAAUAUGAGGUGACCUGGCAAAGGCUAUAAAUAGACCUAUAUAGGUGGGGUGACCCUGGGGGUCGUAUAAAUACAAGGUGACCUGGCACAGGCUAUAAAUAGACCUGUAUCGGUGGGAUGACCCCAGGGAAGGAUAAUACAUAGUCCCAGGAAGCUAUAAACACUGAAGAGUUCCAAUUGCAGUUCCUAAUGUUGAAAUUCCUGCGUGAACAGAGCAGGCCUGCGGGGAGUACAACAGUAGAUAAUGGUUCUGUAGUUAGUCCCCUGGGCUACUGACAGGAUACAUAUGGUGCUCAGAGGAUAAACGAUGAAGAUCUUUGUACACUUUAGCAGUAUGGGUACAAAUUAAACAGAGUAAAGGGUUUCUAUACAAAUCAAGCCAGUAAUUCUAGUUUGUGCUAUUACCAAAAUAGGUGUGUUCAACAUACAGUGGGAAAUGCAGAAGGAACCCUAUUUGCUUUUUAAUAGCCAUGGUUCUUUUAAAGAUGUGAUAGUGAGUAGUCAAAAUAUAUUUUGUAAGUUUGUUAUUCUUUAAUUUGUUUUACCUUGAAAGUAAAUUGGACUGUUUAUCUUUUAUGAUAAAUCUUCAUAAGCCACAAGGUUAAAGGUAUAAAGUGUUACUUCCUCACAAUAUUUUAAUAUGUUAAGAAGUAAUACAGAGUUUGUUAUGUAGAUAUAUGAUACUGAUAUUUUGCAUGAACAUUUUUCUGAGGUCAAACAUCAUUACUGUGAAGUCAAAUUGGUUAUUAAUUAACAUUUUUUUCCCAUCAAAUUAUGACAUGUUUUGGAGUAUUGCCAAAGAUUUGCAUUGAGCACAAUUUCCAUUAAAAACACUACUGGGAGUAUACAAAGUCGAUGUUAGCGUUAUUAUAGACGCUGUAUAGACAUGUUACCCAGGUACAGUACAAUGUUAUGCUCCCUUUCAGCCCGAAACAAUACUUCAAUAUUCUGAAGUAAAAUAUGACGGCCAUCAAAUGUUACAUGUUCUAGUCUGCAGUCUUUGACAAGUAGAACAAAUGUGAUGUGUUAUUUUUUUUUUUUUUUUUUAAUCAUUUUAAUAUAUUGCAUGUUAUGUAUGUAAAGCUUGAUGCUUUAUAAUUUCCUUACUUUUUGUAGCUGUACAUCUGUUUUGUUAUGUUUUUCGUGAACAUAAAUGUUUGAAAAUGUUUUUAAUUUCGUAAAAACUGAGUUAAAACACAGAUGUAUACUCACUGUUUCCUGAUACCAGGACGUUUGUGAGAAAACUUGUGAUAAACAAAUACAACUAGGGUACAGAAGACCUACAGCAUUUAGCUGAUUUGGUAUCAAUUCUGACAACGAACUAAAAAUACACAAUGAUAAUUAUAAGUACAAAAUGAUUAAUUAGUAUAUAAUUAGAUGUAUAAAUAAAUGGUAGUUAUGAACUAAUUGUCAUGAUAAUAUGUAAUUUAAUUAUACAUAUGAAGUAUUAAUUUGUGUGACAUAUUAAUUGGUCAAGAGAACAUGUCAAUCUGAUUAAAAUACAGAUCCUAAUACUAUCGUGUUAAUCAGAUUUGAGAACAUGUAUACAGGGUACAGAUAUUGACUAUAUCCUGUCACUGUCUGUUACAGAGUUUGUACAGGGUACAGAUAUUGACUAUAUUCUGUCACUUUCUGUCUGUUACAGAGUUUGUACAGGGUACAGAUAUUGACUAUAUCCUGUCACUUUCUGUUACAGAGUUUGUACAGGGUACAGAUAUUGACUAUAUUCUGUCACUUUCUGUCUGUUACAGAGUUUGUACAGGGUACAGAUAUUGACUAUAUUCUGUCACUUUCUGUCUGUUACAGAGUUUGUACAGGGUACAGAUAUUGACUAUAUCCUGUCACUGUCUGUUACAGAGUUUGUACAGGGUACAGAUAUUGUCUAUAUCCUGUCACUUCCUGUAACAGAGUUUGUACAGGGUACAGAUAUUGACUAUAUCCUGUCACUGUCUGUUACAGAGUUUGUACAGGGUACAGAUAUUGACUAUAUCCUGUCACUUUCUGUCUGUUACAGAGUUUGUACAGGGUACAGAUAUUGACUAUAUCCUGUCACUUUCUGUCUGUUACAGAGUUUGUACAGGGUACAGAUAUUGACUAUAUCCUGUCACUUUUCUGUCUGUUACAGAGUUUGUACAGGGUACAGAUAUUGACUAUGUCCUGUCACUUUCUGUCUGUUACAGAGUUUGUACAUCAGGUACAGACAUUGACUGUAUCCUGUCACUUUCUGUCUGUUACAGAGUUUGUACAUCAGGUACAGAUAUUGACUAUAUCCUGUCACUGUCUGUUACAGAGUUUGUACAGGGUACAGAUAUUGACUAUAUCCUGUCACUGUCUGUCUGUUACAGAGUUUGUACAUCAGGUACAGAUAUUGACUAUAUCCUGUCACUUUCUGUUACAGAGUUUGUACAGGGUACAGAUAUUGUCUAUAUCCUGUCACUGUCUGUUACAGAGUUUGUACAGGGUACAGAUAUUGACUAUAUCCUGUCACUGUCUGUUACAGAGUUUGUACAGGGUACAGAUAUUGACUAUAUCCUGUCACUUUCUGCCCAUUCCAGACUAUCACUAUUUUUUUGCUCAUAUUUUACCAAGAUUUUUAUUUUUUAUUUCUACCUGAUUAUAAAAAGGUAGGAUGUCUCAAAAAACUUGUGUUCUCACUUAAAAUUGUUUAUUUUAUUAUCAGGGUUAGCAAUAAUAUGGAAAGGCCAACAGCAGUUUUAUAACUGUUAAAUUGGCAAGGGUAUAUUGAAGUUUAUAUUACAAUACAUAAUAUUAGUGUAUACGUACUGUAUCCAGUCAGAACUCACAGAAAAGAUUAUCUUAAUCUACAGUGAAGCCUGUCUAAUCUGACCCCUGAGUAUCCCUACAUACUGUCUAAUCUGACCCCUGAGUAUUCUAACAUCCUGUCUAAUCUGACCCCUGAGUAUUCCAACAUCCUCUCUAAUCUGACCCCUGAGUAUUCCAACAUACUGUCUAAUCUGACCCCUGAGUAUUCCAACAUACUGUCUAAUCUGACCCCUGAGUAUUCCAACAUACUGUCUAAUCUGACCCCUGCGUAUUCCAACAUACUGUCUAAUCUGACCCCUGCGUAUUCCAACAUCCUGUCUAUUCUGAUCACUGAGUAUUCCAACACCCUCUCAGUAACAUUAUAUCCCGAUUUACAAAUUUCAAGGAAACAUAUUUAAUCACACUUUGGAAUCCAUCAAGCCCUGUAAUAAAUCCAUGCCUGGUGUCAAACUCACGAUUGUCAAAACGUUUCAA